AAACAAGCUUCGAGGCUGCCGCACGCCACCAAAACGGCCCCGGGCUGCCGAACCGCACUCGCACGGAUGCGAUUCAUACCACCACUCGUCGUCGCGGCGCUCGUGGCCGCCGCACAACCUGUGGACGAAGCUAAACUAGCCUCGGCCCGGGCGGCGCACGCGGACACGCAGACAUUAAACGACGCCAUUGAUGCGUUGGAGACGCGGCAGCGGGCGCGCGCCCACGAGCGCCGGCGGCUGGAACAGCGUAAAAACGAGGGCGCGGCCCACGCGGCCGCGAUCUCGAACAAGACCGAGGCGUUGUGGGCCGAGCUCACGAAGACGAAGGACCUCGGCGACGGCCGGGGCCCCUGCGACCUCGCGAGCGCGGGCCCCGACGCGCUGACCUGGGCGCGCGACGCGUUAAAAGACGCUGCGGCCGCGUCGAAGCGCUUGCAAGGCGACCGCAAGGCCUACCUCGAGGCGGCCCAGGCGGAUUUGGAGCUCCUGAAUAGGACGGUCUACCCGUCGUUACGGGCGGAGCGCGACGCCAUCGACCUCAACUUAAACGACGCGCGGGCGCGGCAAAAGGUGCUGCGCGAGGACCACGCCAAGUCGAAGACCGCCUGGCUGCGCGACCAGGCCAAGAGCUUUCCCCUGUCGUUGGCGCGGUCGGGCGCGGCGAACUGGACGGCGUUCCGAGGGGCGUUCAACGCCUGCGCGCCGAUCCUGUACGGGUGCCGGUGCCACGACGACUACGACCUGUUUCUUUAUCCGUGUCCUGUUUUUUUUUGUGCCUUCGUGCUCCCUCGCGUCCUGCGGCCUGCCCCGCGGCGUACUUGGACGGCCUCUUGCCGAGCGGCCUCGCGAUCGACCUCACGAGGGAACGCCUACGGCUGUGCCCGAGGGCUAGGCCGCUGGCCGCGCCCACGAUCGAGCCUCCGCGAGCCCGCGGUCGCGGCGGCCACCCUUACGCCAUCGACGAGAAUCGCACGCAGGUGCCGCGCCGCGCACAUGGAGGAGCCGAGCUGGCUCUGGCGCCUCGGCCCCGCGGACGCGCGGGCGCGGUUUGCCGCGUGGGAGGCCGACGCGCGGAACCGAAGCAAGGCCCUGGCGAUCUCCCUCGCGAACGCGUACUUCGACGUCAAGCUCUGGUGGAUCGACCAGGUCGACGAGCACUGCGACUGGCGCGCGCCGGGCCACGAGAACUGCAAAAGGGCCGCGUUCGCGAUCCGGAACUUUCUGGAGUUGUGGCCGUGCCUCUGGAAGACGUCGCUGUUUGUGUGGGUGGUGAAGCGCGCGUGGCGGGCGCGGGCGUGGCGCUGGCGGGACGCGUUUUGUGUGUUGGUGUUGCUGGCGCUGGCGCUCGGGCCAGGGCCGUGGGGGGACCGGAAGGGGAUGCGGCGGAUUGGGGUGGGGGUGUAUGUUUGA